UAGGUUGCGGUGUCCGGAUCAGGUGCUGUGUGGUUCUGAGCUGGUGUAUUUCCUGCCGCUCGACGAAGGACUAAAUUGCUGAGGGUGCAGCGUGCAAACCGUUCUCUUACCCAGAAGACAGAAGUGCUGCAGCAAAAUGUAUCGUUUGAUGCUACAGAAGGCGCUCGUAAACCAUUCGAAACGACCGUCCGCCCAGCUGUUCUCGGCCAGCACACGAUGGUACAGUGGGGGCGCGCGAGGAUCCAACCUGCCACCGUUUCAAGAGGCAGGAUUCGGGAAGGUCUUGGUGGUGCUAUCACCGAUUCUUAUUGGAGGAGGCGUCGUCACCUAUGCUAAGUACGAUAAUGAAUUCCGGAAGACGCUAAUUACAAAUGCUCCCGCUUUGGAACCGGUCCUUAAGAUGCUUCUUCAGGAAACGAAUCCUCUAGAUGAGGUUACGAAAAAGAUGGAUGACAUUAGUAAAACCAUCGGGGAAUACACUUCGACCAUUACCGGCUUCUUUGGUGGCAGCGAAGAGGAGAAGAAAGCAGAAAAGAAACCGGACCUGCCGCCAGUCACUAGAUCCAAGUCGGUACACGUACCCGUUCCUUCACCACCACUGCCAAAACCGGAACCAAUCAACCUGUCCGAGAAGGUUGCCGAACAACCGAAAAAAGCUUCUACCAAGGAGUCUCCCGCAAAGGUGGUCAGUCCUGCUCCAGCAACAACAGCGAAAGUAACGGCAACGGCGAGCGAACCCGCUGCAGCGAAACUUUCCACCAAACCGGUGCCUCUGUCGGCGGCAGGUGAGGAAGUGCCGAAAUCGAUUAGCGAUUUGGAAAGCCAAGUGGAGGUGGCUGCGACCAUCGCCAUCAAAGAGUAUAACAAAGCGGUGCAGGUGCUGAAGAACUACACCGAAGAGGUGAAGAAAGUGGUGGAUGCUUCGGUCGAUAAGUUGGACACGUCGAGCUGGACAACACUGCGUAACCGUACCAGUGCCCGAGAUACCGCCCUGAAAGCGGCCGAAGAUUCUGCCGAGCAGGCGAGAGGUAGCAUCGAGAAGCUGCAUGCGCUGCUGAGCAGCCGAGAGAUCAAGUGCUCGGACGAACUCAAGGAUAAGGCCCGACAGAACAUUGCCGCGUACCUGGAGCACCUCAAGAAGGCGAAAGAGGAAGUCUACGCUGCCCGCGAUCUGGCGACGCUCGGUGAGAAGUACUGGAAGCGCGUUGAAGCGGCCCGCAACUACUUCGUGGACGAGAUGGAAUCUUUGUUCCCGGGCAUCAAUCUAUCCGAGAAGAAACUGAACCUAGCCAAGGACGAGCUCGACCUGUUCAUUUUGCACGCCUAUUCGCAGGUGAUUGCGCAUCAGAAAGAGCUGCAGAAGCUGCAGAUUGAGGGCGAUCAAAAUCUGCGACGUGCGCUCGAAGCCGUCCGUGGUUCGGACCAGAGCGAGGAAGUCAAGGCGCGCCUCGAGUAUGAAAUUGCGAAGGAGCGACGUGAGUUGAAUUUGCAGAAUCAGAAAAAACUGCUGCGUGCCCGUGCCGAGCUUGAGCAACAACUGCGCGACCAGGUGAAACGCCAAACGGAUGCCCAUAUCGACCACCUAAAGGAUUCCCUCGCGCAGAAGGAAGCAGAAAUGAAACGCAAGUUUCAACGUGAAUUGAACGAAAAAAUAACCACGGAACAGGCUUCCUACAAACUGCAGUUGGCUGCCAUGCUCGGUAAACUGAAAGGCAUUCAUAAGGCACUGAUCGAAAUCGAUACUGAAAUGAAAGAGCACUCUGAUGCCGAGAAGAGUGCACAUCAGGCGCAAGCCCUGUGGGGUGCCUGCCAAUCACUGUGGUCUUCGAUACGCAGCGGUCAACCCGGUAAAUCGUGGCGCGAUCAGCUGCGCCCGCUUAAGGAUGAAAUUGCCGCUGUUGCCCGGGCUGCGGAAGGAGACGAACUGGUCAGUGUGGUACUGAAGGCUCUUCCAGACACCGCACUAAAGCGUGGAGUAUAUCCAGAGGAUGCGCUCCGUGAACGGUUUAUCAAAGUGGAAGAGGUCUCCCGCCGACUGGCUCUCGUGCCCGCCGAAGGUGCCCGUUUGCCGGUGUACUUCCUGUCUUACCUGCAAGCUGCUCUAAUAGCCCGCCCUGACAACCCGAUCUCGCAGGACGAGCUGGAGAACAAACCGUUUGAUUUCAGCAAACUCGACACCUACGACAUUCUAAACCGUGCCAGGUACUGGCUGGAACGUGGCGAUUUAGUUAAAACCGUACAGUACGUUAAUCUGCUGCAAGGAGCUCCGCGGAAAGCGGCAUUGGAUUGGUUGAACGAAGCGAGACUUUUGCUUGAAACGCAACAAGCUGCCAGCACGCUAAUGGCACACGCCGCCGCCAGCGGUGUUCGAUUCCUGUAAGCUGGUCCGUCCUGUGUUGCUACUUGUGCCCUGUUUUCGAAAUAAGGAUGACCACCACGGUCGGUUCGGUUGAUUAGCGUGACAAAUGCGAAGAUACUUCGCGUUGAUUGUGUUUCGUCUGGUUACAGUUAUGUUCCCCUCCCUCAGCUAGCAAACUGUGAGUAAAGCAAAUCAUAUUCGGGUAUUCUGAGGCUUUCGAAGGGACAAAACUCGAUAUUUACAAAACUGGUUCAGCGCGCUCCCCCACAAUUGUAUCUAAAGUACAUAGAGCAAAACCCCUGGCAACAAUUGGUCUUUUCGAGAUUUAGAAACAAACGCGUAAUUGUAGAAAAUAUCCUUAAUGGUUAAAGAACGAACGCACCCGCACCUGUCUUGGAACACCGUUGGCGACAUGAAAGACGUAAGAAGUGCAAAGAACUUAUUUAAUUAAAUUGGUCUUGUGAAAUUGAUUUACCUUACCUUUAUUUCGGAAAAUAAAGCAGAAUCAAUGAGGAAA